AUGGAGUUUGUUCAGCUUUCACUUUUUCUCGGCUUUAAUGGACUUUUCUUCGUACCUAUUUCCAUCAUCAAAAUGUUUGAAAACCGUUAUUUUGUCCUGUUUGCAAUGCACACUUGCUGGCGCUACACUCGGUAUCCAUUUUUAACCCUGAACUACCUAAUGGGAAUACUUGCCUCUACCGCAUCAUAUCUGGAGAUCCCAAAUCAAGAGUACGCCAGAACUGUGACGUUCAAAGUGUAUCCAAGGAUAUUACUUUAUGAUACCGCGGAACAUCGGAUAUUUAUUCUAGCUAUUGACUUUUACUCGCUUAUCAUUCGCCAAUCGUUCUUCACAGCAUUAUUUCUAAUCGAGCUUAUUGUGUUCGUAGUUCUCAUCCGGUUGAACAUGAAAAAAGCUCUAUCUGGGAUACGGUCUUCGGUUUCCAGUAAAACAUUAAAAAUGCACAAGACUUUCAUGACGACUUUAAAUAUUCAGGUAGCCGUUCCCAUAGUCUUCAUCUGUAUUCCAUCAUUUGCCAGUAUUGCAAUACCAUUGAUCAAUGCGGAUAAUCAAGGCACCAAUAAUCUUAUUUAUAUAACUUUAUCAACUCAUGGAGCUCUAUCAACAUUAGUCAUGGUGUAUUUACAGAAAUCAUAUAGGGAAACGGUUCUGCAAAUUGUUGGGUGUAAUCGGGAUGUUGCUGAAAGAAAUGUUCGAAUUGUGAUUCCAGUUACCUCUUAA